AUGAUAAGAUUAAUCUUGAAUUUGGUAUAAUAUAAUAAUUAUAGUACUUUUCAUCCUACGAUCCUAGUAAAUGACGAUAUAUUGUAUAUUAGAGCGAUAAACGAUUAGAAUAAUUUUGAAGAAAUUGUCUGCAGAUUUGAUUUAGUUGAUUUGGCUAUAUAGUGGCGAAAGAAUAGUUUUACCGAGUUUACUAAAGGAUUCAGAAUUUUUAGAUAGUAAUCUAGGUAUAAGGUUCGCGGAGAGUCAUAUGACGAAUUGAUGUGGUUUUAGGAUUUUAUUGAAGGUAAGAUUCCGAUUUCGAUAAAAUGGUAAGAAUAGUAUGAAAAAGUAAAGGAGGAACCAACAUUUUUUUAAGAGAAUAGUAUUAUUGUGAAGGAUAAAAGUACGAAAAAAAAGUAAAUUAUGAAGAGAAUCUACUAAAAUGUGUAGGUGCCUGUUGAUGAAUUUAAGAUUGAAGUCUAUCUCUAAAGGAAUCCUCACCCUAAUAUUCUGAGAUGGAAUUCUCAUUGUAUAGAUAAGAAGAAAUAAUUUAUAACUUUGGAUUAUUAAUAAUAUGUUACUUUGGAUCAAAUUUUUUCUAGAUAUAAGAAGGUCCCAUUAAAAAUUGUGAAAGAGAUUAUGAUAUAAUUAUUAAAUGGUAUAAGGCAUCUACAUUCUAAUUACAUUAUGCAUAAAGAUAUCAAGCCAGAAAAUAUUAUUAUUACAAAUUUUGAAAAGCCUAAAGUUAAGAUUGGAGGCUUUAGUCAGGCAGUUUUUGGUUAAGAGUUUUGUAGAUUUGGUGGAUCUCCAUUUUAUAGACCACCUGAGGUUAUUGAGGGUUUUAUUCAUACAAAUAAAUUUGACAUUUAUAGUGCAGGAGUAGUGCUUUAUGAAUUGUUGAAAAAUAAAAGAAUUUAAAGGCGUAUAUAUUUUUAAAAGGAUUCCUCUAAAUUACAACAAUUAGAGAUAGAUCCCGCAGCAGUAGAUUUAGUCACAUAAAUGCUGCAUCCUGAUCCAUAUCAGAGGUUAGAUGUUAUAGAAUGCUUAGAUCACUAUUUUUUUAUAGAUGAAUAACCGUAUGUUGGAAAAGAAAAGGAACGAUUAUUUUCAUAAUCAAUAAAGCCCAGAUUCAUACAUAACUGA